AUGCCUGAGUUCGGUUGGUUUCCUCGGAAGAGCUUUGCCCCUGGCUCUAAGUUCAGCUUCCAAAAUCCACAAUCCAUCACCUGUACGAUCGAAGAUAAGGUCUCGCAACACACUCGGCGGCGGCGCGUAGCCCCUCAGUCUGGAGAGUCAGGAUUCAAACCAUCAUCUGCGGAAGCAACAUUCCAUGUUCGGCUAGACUCAAAUGGCCAAAUUGCAUUCAUGCGGGUGCAUAUGCAAGUCCCUCAUCCCGGUACGGAGUACGAUGAUAUUGAGGAUCGACGCCUCCAAGCUCGCCCGUGUCCACACCCCGAGGUGCAGGCUUUGAUGGACUUUCACAAUUCAAAUGCAAGCAUGACACCGGCCCUCCUUGGAAUAAAGGAGGAAUCUCAGGGCUCGGACGGUUGUGUGCCGGGGGGUUACAUAGUCUUCAUUGUGUUCGAGAAAGUACCUGGGGUCCGACUUGCGGAUGAUCAAUCAGCACCUUAUCCUGGAUUUCCGCUGCAUACAUUCUUCCGGAGAUUCGAUCGUAAAGAGCGAGAUGAAAUUCGCGAACAAUUCGACAAGGCGGACCAGGAGUUGGCUAGAAUCGACUGGUUGCAUGAUGAGCCUUGGGCCGAUCACCUUGUUUGGGAUUCCGACACUUCGAAACUGUACUUUAUUGAUUUCAGAAAGGCACAUCCAGCGUGCUGGCUAGGCCGUCCGCAAGACGUUGUCCUGGGAGCCAAUGUGGCUUUAGCAACGGAUAUAACGCCUAAGCAGUAUAACUGGGAACUCUUCGGUCUUGCAAUUCGCCCUGGUAACUCCAAGGAUGAAGGGAAUCUUUCAAAAUGGAAGCUCUAA